AUAUAAAUAUACAUAUAUUUUACGCUGCGCCUCGCGUUUUGAUUACACGAGGUUAGUUCGGGUGAGAAUGUCGAGCGUUACUACGAGAUCGUGUUUCAGUGGGUAUUUAAAACCUCUUCGGUAUCUGUGGCAACGGCAGCACGAUAAUCGACUUUUCCAAGACUAGGAAAGAGAACUUGGAGGCCAGACAGAAAGAGGUCAUGGCACGUGGUCUUCCAAAACGGAAGCACAUAAAAGGCGUUAAACAAAUCUUUCUAAUUGCUUCUGGUAAGGGUGGAGUCGGGAAGUCGACGACGGCUGUGAAUUUGGCAACCGCUCUGAAAAUUGUUGAGCCACAGAAGUCCAUUGGUUUGCUGGAUGCCGACGUCUUCGGUCCUUCUGUACCUCUGAUGAUGAACAUCCAUGAAUCACCGAUGUUAAAUCAAGAGAACUUUAUGGAGCCUCUUGUAAAUUACGGUAUAAAAUGCAUGUCCAUGGGAUUUUUAAUCGACGAGAAGUCACCGGUGGUUUGGAGGGGACUCAUGGUGAUGAGCACAUUGGACAAGCUGAUAAAUCAGGUGGCAUGGGGACCGCUCGAUUAUCUUGUGAUUGACACCCCUCCUGGAACAGGGGAUACGCAUCUCUCCCUGAUCCAGACUCUUUUUAUCGCCGGCGCGUUGCUGGUAACGACACCGCAGAAAGUUGCGCUGGAGGUGACCAGGAGAGGUGCAAAUAUGUUCAAGAAGCUGGACAUCCCUGUCGCUGGUAUUGUGGAGAAUAUGAGCAGCGUUACAUGCCCAAAGUGCAUGACAGAAGUGUCUCUCUUUGGCAAUGCCACGGUCACACUGGCAAAAGAACUUGAUGUGGACAUUUUACAGAAGAUACCAAUGCACGAGAGUAUUGCGGAAAGUUCGGACAGUGGUAAACCAAUUGUCUUGGCAGCACCGCAGAGCACACAAGCGGAAGCUUAUAAAGAAUUAGCAGAACAUGUUGUUAGAUUUUUAAACAAGCAGAAAAUAAAUAAAGAGUGACAAAAUAGGUUUUUAAUCAACAAAA